CGUACUCGCAGCCUCUCGCCUACUCACCUUUCGCUGGCCCAAUUCCCUUCUAACAUCUCGAUUGCGUGCAUCAGCGCAACAUGUCUGCAGAGUUCGAGGAUGUCCUUACCAAUCAGCCGGUCGUGAUCGACAACGGCUCAGGCGCUAUCAAGGCUGGUUUCGCUGGACAAGACCAUCCCAAGUGUUUCUUUCCUUCAUUCGUCGGACGCCCGAAGCAUGUUCGUGUCAUGGCAGGUGCACUCGAGGGGGACGUAUUUAUAGGUCGGAAGGCCCAAGAGUUUAGAGGGCUGUUGAAGAUCAAAUAUCCCAUGGAACACGGCAUUGUCACAGAUUGGGAUGACAUGGAGCGUAUAUGGAAUUGGGUCUACGCUGAGGAACUUGGCACAUUAAGCGAAGAGCACCCAGUCCUUCUGACGGAGGCUCCACUCAAUCCUCGCACCAACCGCGACGUUGCAGCGCAGAUAUUCUUUGAUACAUUCAACGUACCGGCUUUGUACAUCUCAGUUCAAGCCGUCCUUUCAUUAUACUCAUCAGGGCGCACGACAGGGAUAGUCCUGGACUCUGGAGACGGCGUUACACACGCUGUACCAGUGUUCGAAGGAUUUUCGAUGCCCCAUGCGAUUCGACGAAUAGAUGUUGCAGGAAGGGACGUUACGGACCAUCUGCAACUGCUGCUCCGUAAAUCUGGCCACCAUCUGCAUACUACAGCGGAACGUGAGGUCGUGCGGACGAUCAAGGAAAAAUGUUGUUAUGUGGCCUUGAACCCGUCAAAAGAAGAGAAGGAUACCCUUGGUCGAGGGGAAGAGUUCCGAUUACCUGAUGGCAACACUGUACAGCUCGGUCCGGAACGAUUCCGUGCGCCGGAAAUUCUAUUCAAUCCUGAGCUCAUCGGUCAAGAGGAUGCCGGAGUGCACCAAGUCGUAGUUGAUUCCAUAAACCGUGUUGACUUGGACCUGCGAAAGAGCCUCUUCUCAAACAUCGUCCUCAGUGGAGGAAGUACGCUAUGUCGCGGUUUCGGGGAUCGUCUGCUCAACGAAGUGAAGAAGUUGGCUCUCAAGGAUGUAAAGAUAAAGAUCUACGCACCUCCAGAACGCAAGUACUCAACAUGGAUUGGGGGGUCUAUCUUGGCUGGUUUGAAUACAUUCAAAAAGAUGUGGGUUUCGGCAGAAGAAUAUCAGGAAGACCCGGAUAUCAUCCACAAGAAGUUCGGGUUUUGAAAAUGCGGGAACCCUUCUUUCUUCUGCUACUGUUAUUUUCCCGUCGCGCUAUAGUAUUAGCUUUAGGAUACCCACAUGUAAUUUCGAUUAUCCCUUC